GGAGCCACAGGGUGGACUAAAAAUAAGCUGGAGGACCAACCACUACCCAGGGCACAGGUGCUGGCUGAGGGCACAAGAUCCCAGGGACCCUGUGUGGAGGACCAAGGCUGCAGCAGGCAAAGUUCUGUUCCUCUCUCAGGCCCCACCCAGGCUAUGGUCCCUCCUCCCGCUUAACCCCUCUUGCCUCCUCUCCCCGGCCUGCAGGAGGAGGUCACUCAUGCAGAAGGAAACCCUGCCACCAGCCUCGGGAUGGGUAACGGCGGCAGGCAGGUCCUUUGGGUUCUGAGUUUUCUGCUGCUACUGGACCCCAGUUCUGCACGGGGCACUUGGGAGGCAAUGCUGCCGGCAAGGCUGGCCGAGAAGUCCCGAGCUGAAGAGGUUGCAGCAACAGGCUCCCGGCAGCCCCACGCAGACCGCUGCCCACCACCGCCACGGACCCUGCCCCCGGGUGCCUGUCAGGCCACACGCUGCCAGGCUGACUCUGAGUGCCCACGACACAGGCGCUGCUGCUACAAUGGCUGUGCCUAUGCCUGCCUGGAGGCAGUGCCACCUCCACCAGUUCUAGACUGGCUGGUGCAGCCCAAACCACGAUGGCUUGGUGGCAAUGGCUGGCUGCUGGAUGGUCCUGAGGAAGUGUUACAAGCAGAGACUUGCAGCACCACCGAGGAUGGGGCAGAGCCACUCCUCUGUCCCUCAGGCUAUGAGUGCCACAUCCUGCAGCCGGGGGACGAAGCCCAGGGCAUACCCAACCAUGGACAGUGCGUUAAGCAGCGCCGGCAAGCAGAAGGGCGGGUCCUGCGACAGAAGCUUCACAAGGAAUAUCCAGAAGGUGCCUCCAAGAAUGUGGCAGAGCCUGGGAAAGGACAACAGAGGCACUUUCCAUAAAGUGAAGACUGGCUGCCUUUGCGGGGUCUUUCCUGUGUCUUCCACACGCUAAGCCUUAGAAACAGCCAGAGAACCUGACCUGAGACCGUCACACUCCAUUCCACAGAACAGCACUCCAGAGCUCCUGGGAAAUGGGACUUCUGACUCCCAACCCUAGAGUGGCCCAGCCUGGUGUGGUGGAAGCUCCUGACCAGCUCUGGGUCCCUGCUCAGCAUCCUUGUCAUGUGAACCUGCAGCUUCUGGGUGACUUUGGCGAAUUUUGCCUGCAGAAGGCAUGUAUUCAUCUCUACUGUCCUCCAAAUAAAUCUGCCCACUGUGUAGCAGAAGUAAGCUACUUUAUCAGGCUUGAGCCACAGCUGGGUUGUUUUUAAAAUUACAUUUAUUUAUGUGUGUGUGUGUGCAUGUCGGUUGUGGGAGGGGGAGGAGAAAGGAGGGCUUCAGCCAGCAGAGUCGUGACCCUUGGGAGGCAAGAUGGUAGUUCAGUUCAACAAGACUAAGUAGCUGGUGUUGGCUCAAACAUCAGGAGUCUAACCCCGAGUAGAUUAUUUAGGUAUAUUUAAUCCCAGGUGAAAACUCUCCUAGUGAUAAUUAGUCCAAUCCCAUGUGCACAAUAAAGCAAAGGCAUGACUAUAUCAAAACUCUUUGUCAAGUACAUGUGAUAUCUUCCAUAAAGACAGGUUCUAUAGACUGGCUGGCUCACAGAAAGGGUCUGGGGAAGGGUCCGGUGUGGUUACAGAAACACAGAUUACCAGCAAAGGUCACCCACCAGGCUGUCAACCAAGUCCACUCCCAGCCUUCUGGGGAGAUAGUAGGUUAUGAGUCCCUUCCUUGGAGGGAACAACUCUAUGUGUUUACUAUUCCUGGGUCCCUUGGUGCUCAUCUGUGAGUACAAGGACCUCCGUGCCUCCCACAGCAGCGCACGCGCAUACACACCAUGGCACAUGUGUGGAGGUCAGAAGACAACGUAUCCAAGUCGCCUCUCCUUCCACCAUAUCUCAGGGAUCGAACUCGGGCUGUCAAGUUGGGUGUGAGCACCGAUCCUGCUGAGCCAUCUCAGGUCUGAGUCAGGGCUUUGUUUAAUAUCCUUAAAUGUGCUGUGCUGGAGGCUAGAG